ACGGCCCACGAGAGAGUACUUCUGGGCGGCGGCUCAAACGCGUCCGUUCUCGCGCAUUCCCACCACAAAACCUUCACAUACACCGGCGCCGGCGCCGCCUAUCUCGUCUACGAACGGCGCUGCCGACCAUGAAACGGUGACAGUGUUUGUAUACAGCGCGUAUCGAGUGUUUCCGUUAUUUUCCGUAUUUGCUGAUACAAACACAAAAUUUGCGUUUUUGUGUGUACACAGUUUUUUCAGAUUUUUGCGUGGUUAAGUAGUAUUUUUUUUUAUACUGAACUACAGAAUCUGAUAUGGACGCCGUAGAUAUCUCUCCUGUCAAAAAAAAUGCAUGCGGAAAAUUUAUUACCACUGGUCAAAAGAAAAUCGUUAUCAAUGUGUAUAAGUACAAACUCAACCAACAGCUUGAAAAUCCAGGGAUGAACAAAUUGUCUUUCAGACAAAUGAUCGUCGAAAUUUCAAAAAUGACCGGUAUUGGGCAACGUACGGUACAAAACACAUUGGCCGAGUACAGGAAAGAUGGUGUUGUGACAUCGCCCAACAAAAAAAAAGGUGAGACCUACAAUUAUUGAAAAAGUAGACGAAUUCGAUAAAAAUGCCAUAAGACAAAAAAUUCACAAUUUUUUGGAGGAACCGUCAGAUACCCACUGUUGCGAAAAUGUUAGUUGCCAUUAAUGAAGAUGAUUCAUUACCAAGCCUUAGUCGAACGUCUUUCCAAAGAAUAUUAAAAGAUUUGGAAUUUGAAUAUGUUAAAAAAAAAUCGGAACAGUGCUCUUCUCGAAAGAGAAGAUCUAGUAACUUGGCGCCGAAGUUAUUUAGAUAAAAUAAGGCAUUACCGAGCACAGAACAGGCCAAUAUAUUACCUGGACGAGACUUGGGUCAAUGCAGGUGAGACGCAUAACAAGGCAUGGCUCGAUACUACGGUCAAGUCAUCACGCGAUGCAUUCCUCAAUGGCCUCACCACAGGACAAAAGCAACCCUCCGGAAAAGGUAAGCGCCUCAUUGUACUGCACAUCGGAUCAACAGAUGGUUUUGUUCCGGGGGGGCUUUUGUGUUUUGAAUCCAAAACCAAUUCGUCUGAUUAUCACGAUGAAAUGAAUGGUGAUACAUUUUUUGAAUGGUUCGUUAAAACCCUGCCGUUGCUGAAGGAGAACGCGGUAAUUGUUAUGGACAAUGCCUCAUACCAUUCCGUGAAGAAGCACAAAAUUCCGGUUAUGUCUUGGAAAAAACAAGCCAUUAUAGAUUGGCUUGAAAGCAAAGGUGAGGUCGUUAAACAUCCUAUUGUAAAAAAUGAUUUGAUGAAAAAAGUCCGAAAAAUUAGUAACCAGUACGACCAAUACGUAAUUGACGAGUACGCAAAAGAAAAUAAUAACCUCGUAUUGCGAUUACCACCAUACCACUGCGAGCUAAAUCCAAUUGAGCUCGCGUGGUCGUCUGUCAAAAGUUAUGUUCGGACGCAUAACAACACUUUUAAACUAAAUGACGUACUGGAGUUAUUAAAAAAAGGUGUGGACCACGUCACUCCGGAAAUGUGGACCAACUUUGUUGGACAUGUGAUCAAAGAAGAAGACAAAUUUUGGAACAUCGAGCAUACAACUGACGAAUUAAUAGACAAUGAACUGGGAGAAGGAGGAAGUCACGUUCUAUUGAUAGGAACAGGUGAUUCAUCAAAUUUUGACGAUUCAGAUGAUGACUGAUUUAUUUAUUUGUAUUUUAAUUAUUUUGAUUUUUUUCGUUAUCUUUUUUUUUUUUAAAUUUUUUUUUAUUAUAAUUUUUUUUUACUAAAUUAAUAUUAUAAUUAAGUGUAUUAUCUUAUGUACAAUUCUUCAUUUUUGUUGGUAUACAUAAAUAAAAUUUGUAUAAAUAAAAGAUUGAUAUUACAUUUAUAUUAUUUGCAUUGUUAUUGUAUACAUAAUAUGGUGUGCCAGUCGCUAUAAAAAAAUAGGUGUUUUUUUCGUAAUGUAUUACUUGAGCCGGUGUAUACAAACCACCGGUUGCUGCUCGGCGGCCGCGGCUGUGAUAUUAUACUUAUAAUUAUUGUCACCAGUCGCGCUUUGGCGGCGACUACGUGUUAGAGUGGGAGAAAAUCGGGUCCGAUACCGCGGAGCUAAUCAGUUGGGAUGCGCGAACGAGAAGUACUCUCUCGUGGGC